AUGCUAUCUAAUACAACUGCUUCAUCAAAUGGGCCCGUCUCACUUCAGAGGUCGCCAGACUCAGACUUGGACUCAGUCUCGGACUCGGAUUCUCUAUUCGGGGACAGUUCCAAAUCAGUCACGCUUGAGGAUCAUUCGAAGCCUGCGACUCCAAUUUCUACAGAAGCUGUUGAUCACCAGGACGACCCAGUACACGGACUUCAGUGGACUUGUAAGAACGAUGUCUUUUCACUUACGCCUCAAUGGACCGUCGAACCAACAAUCGGUGCCAUCGUCAUGACGCUGCAGAAAGCCAUAGAUCCCCACAAGCAGUAUAACGUUGAGCACCUUUGGGACGGAACAUACAACAAGAUAUAUUCAGUUUCGUACGACCAAACCGACUUUGUCAUGCGUGUGUCUCUGCCUGUAUGUCCGAGAACCAAGAUAGAAAGUGAGGCCGCAACAUUACAAUGGGUCUGUGAAAAUACCAACCUACCAGUCCCCAGGGUUCGGUCUUAUGACUCUUCACGCAACAACCCCAUAGGCUUCGAAUGGAUAUUAAUGGAUCGCAUUGAUGGAGUACCUCUUUCUCAAUGCUGGAGCUCUACUACUCAGGAUGCCAAGGAGCGCAUCGUGAAACAGGUCGCCGGAUAUGCCGCGACCGCCUUUUGGGCGCAAUUUAAAGGCGUCGGCAAUUUAUAUCCUCCACAGUCGCAUUCGCCAACUUCUCGGCCUCGGGGUGAGCGCGCCAGUCUACGCCACUAUGGGAUCCCUUUUCGCACCGCAUUCAAGUGGACGAAGCGUCGCCUCCGACUUAUUUCAGCCGACCUUCGCUUGAAAACACAGGAGAUAUCCGACAAACACCAUCGCGCCAUUGCCGCUAGAAUGUUGGUACUUGUCGACCGUCUUCGAAAUAUAGAAGACAUGUUUUUCCCAACUCCUGAAAUUUGUUCCGACAAGAACCUAGCUCUUGAUGAUAAUGAGUCAACUGACGAGGGUGAGGAUAUCGCUGACAAGGAGGGAUGGCCUUAUGAGCCCACUAUGCUUUGGCAUGAUGAUAUUUCUCUCGAUAAUAUUCUAGUAGAUAAGAGCGGAAUUCUCUGUGGCAUCAUUGGCUGGGAAUGUGUUUCUUGUCUCCCUCUUUACGAAGCCUGUCAAUUUCCUGCUUUUCUUCAACAAUCGCAAGACCGCCCUGUCGAGCCAUUGACUCCCUACGGAAUCACACAAAAACAACUAGACAAUAAUCAACACAUUGCAAAUUACGAUAGGAAUUUGAGACAGCACCAUACUACCCUGUUGCGACGGCUGUUUAUUACGGAGAUGAUGGAUAAGUGUCCUGAAUGGGUCACCAUUUUUGACAGCCGGAAAUACUUGAGGGACUACGAGGCCGCGGUACAGAAUUGCGACAACGAGUUCGCCUACGAGAUCGUUGAGACGUGGGUAGAUGCCGUAGAGAAGGCGGAAAGCCCCGACAAGACCCCUUGGCAUCUUCACGAGCGUCUCAUGGGGUAA